UCAGAAUAUUGUCCAUUCUUCCUUUUCAAUCUCUUUUUUUUUUGUGCCAAGCAUAAUAUCAAUUUUCUAGAUAGGCUUGCACUGCAGAGUCAGACAAGUGAGUUUGCUUCUGUUUUUCUUUGUUCUGAUCAGAAAAUCUGUUUUAAGUUGUGUGACUAGGAACUUUUUCUGUUGCUUAGGAGUUAGUUGUUUAAAUUUAGGCAUACUGUUUGGUUUAGCAUGCAUGGUUUAGUUACCAUUUUGAACCUACCAUCCUUUGCUAUCGGCUGCCCUUUGUAGUAGACAUAGGUGCAAUGAAUUAUUUAUACAUCAUAGUUCUCUGUCCUUCUCAUUGCUUGAGAUUGAUUUGGUAAAUAAAUACAUCUUUGGGAAAAUUUCAUUGACAACUUCAACUUAAGUGCAUUCUUGCUUUUUUUUUUUUGUUAGUUUUGAGAAAAUGGAUCAGUUUUUUUUAAUCCACCUAGCUCCUGAACUUUGUUGCCUGCUUUUUAUUUUUUAUUUUUCCACUUUGGAGAUCAGACACUUCCCUCUUUGGAUGUGUUAGCAGAUUUUUGCCUCAAUGGAGGUUUACCGAAAUAAGAAGAAAAAGGAGUCAGUUAAAUGGCAAUGUUUCAACAGAAGCUGUUUGAUUUCAUGAUACUAUAAAAUAAUCAGGACAUUUAAGACUUGCUAUGCACAUCCAAUUUGGGUCCGAAGACAUGGAUGGACCCAUUUGCAGGACUAAACACACAGUAAACAUGGUUUCUAACAUAAUUAUUCUUUUCUAAGCUAUAAUGUCCUUGCUAAAAUAAGAGUUCAAAUAUAGGUACUAGGUGCAUGGACUUCCAUAUUCUAAUCCUUGCAGCCUUACUAGAAGAAGGCUUUCAUCACAAGCUCUAUGAUUGUGCAUGUCAUCAUCCUAAAAAGGGCUAGAAUCCCAGUGUCUUAUGGUCAUUCAUGGACAUGUGGUUUCAUUACCAUUCAUGACAAUUCAAGUUCCCAACUGAAUUGUCUUAAUAAAAAAUUAUAGCCAUUUUCCUUGCGUUUACAUACGAACAGAUCAAUUAUGGGAAAAAGCACAUGCUGAGACAUACCUAAUGAAUCACAAAAUUUAAGAUAUGGCAUGCUUUGAAAUUCUUAAUUUUGUUUUCUCUGUUAUGUUCUAACUUCUGACAAUCUACAACUGCUUAUGGAUCAUAUAAAGAUUCCAAGUCUCUACACAGAGAUACAUGACAGGAUAACUAUAUUAUUUUUGCUGGAAAGAUAACGGGUUAAUACUUGAUAUAUGAAAAAAAAAAUCAAAUUAUCUGAGGAUGUUAAGCUAUGAAAUGAGUAAAACUAUGGUUACUGAGCAUAUAGAUAAAGUAAUUAUUCAGUUACUGUCAUUCAAAAUAUUCAUCAAAAACUAAGUCUGAUGUACCCAUUUUUUUAUGAAAAUGUAGAGCAUUGCCUGCUGCCAUAUGGAUUUGUACAAAUGUCUAAAUUCUUAUUCAUGUUUGUCUUCAUACUUAUUAAUAGUAAUUGAUGUUUGUAUGAUAAAGUAUUAUCUUUAGGGAGCAGAGAACAUGCUAAUCAAAGUUUAACACUCUUACUUGUCAUUCAUCUAUUGUGUUGUGGCUGAAUCUGAAAUGUUUCAGUAGGUAGCAAAGAAAUCUCCGGCUGUUUAUGUUUUGAUCAAAAUGGCUAUUGCAGCUGCAAGAAUCAGGGGAGGGUAUCCUGAAAGAGUAGGCCAGCCUGAAUGUCAGUAUUACUUGAAGACAGGAACGUGCAAGUUUGGAUCUACAUGCAAGUUUCACCACCCCAAGGAGAAGGCUGGAAUUGCAAAACAAGCUCAGUUAAAUAUUUUAGGCUAUCCACUACGUCCGAAUGAGCAGGAAUGUGCAUAUUAUAUAAGAACUGGAGAGUGUAAGUUCGGAAGUACAUGUAAAUAUCACCAUCCACAGCCAUCUAAUACAAUACUUGCUCUACGUGGUUCUCCUAUUUAUCCAUCUGCGCAUUCGCCAACAACCCCCGGUCAGCAGUCUUAUCCUGCUGGGAUGACAAACUGGACCUUACCAAGAUCUUCAUAUAUUUCAAGCCCUCGUUGGCAAGCUUCUUCAAGUUAUGCUCAGUUAAUUCUUCCUCAGGGUGUGGUCCAAGUUCCUGGUUGGACUUCUUACUCUGGGCAGCUGGGUUCAUCUCCAGGAAGUCAGCAAACAGCAGGGGUUGCUCAGUUUUAUAGUCCCUCACAACAAGGUGAGACAAAUAUUGGAGCUCAAGGGAAAUUUUCUUCUUAUCGACCAGGUUCUGUUUCUAUGGGACUGUAUGCAGUUCCCAGAGAGAACAUAUUUCCUGAGAGACCUGGCCAACCUGAAUGUCAGUUCUACAUGAAGACUGGAGAUUGUAAGUUUGGUGCUGUUUGCAGGUUCCAUCAUCCUAGGGAGAGACUAAUUCCUACUCCUAAUUGUGUGUUAAAUCCAUUGGGUCUUCCAUUACGUCCAGGAGAGCCCUUGUGUGUUUUUUAUUCUCGAUAUGGUAUCUGCAAAUUUGGCCCAAACUGCAAGUUUGAUCAUCCCAUGGGCCCCGUCACAUAUGGCCUGUCAGAGUCCUCCACGGCUGAUGUCCCAACGGUUCAGCAUCUACUGGGAUCAUCAUUAGAUCCUCCUACUUUGACAUUGCCAACAGAAGAGACUGCCAAUGGUAGCUCAGGAGUGUCAAUACGAGCACCAACGUCAGACUCUAGACGAGCUACUUCUGUUGAUGAAAAUGAUGAGGCGGAUUCAUAGUAAUUUUCCUGUUCAAGUAUUCACAGGUUUAUUUUUCCCUUGAGCUGCCCAAGGUAAGGAAAUUAUCUGUAACAUCCAGUUUCUGUAGCUGGAGAUGUACAGUCCUUUCGAUGCAUUUUUUUCUUCUAAAGAUUCAUCCAUUUGGUGGCAAACAAGAAUUGCCUAUUAAAUAUGCUUCUUAAUGUUAUUAUGAAAUGCUUUUUAAAAUUACAUGAUAAUAUGCUUCCUCUUGA